AUGCCGCCCGCAGGUGGAGGAAACAUUAAGGUGGUGGUGAGAGUGCGGCCUUUCAACGGCAGAGAACUGGAUCGCGGAGCACAAUGUAUUGUGAAAAUGAAAGGUGCCCAAACCAUCCUUACCUCGCCAGCAGACGCAGAAGACAAGGGUCGAUCUGGAAAAGGGGUGAAAGACUCGGGGCAGAAGGUUUUCGCAUUCGACAAAUCAUACUGGUCUUUCAACAAAGCGGAUCCAAACUAUGCGGGACAAGAUAGUCUACACGAGGAUCUUGGGAAACCUUUAUUAGACAACGCGUUUCAGGGAUAUAACAACUGUAUUUUUGCCUAUGGACAGACCGGGUCCGGAAAAUCUUACUCAAUGAUGGGAUAUGGCAAGGAAGCUGGAGUUACACCGAUGAUUUGCCAGGACAUGUUUGAGCGCAUUGGAGAAUUGCAACAAGACAAGAACUUACGGUGUACGGUAGAGGUAUCAUAUUUGGAGAUUUACAACGAACGAGUGAGAGAUCUUCUAAAUCCGUCAACGAAAGGCAAUCUCAAGGUCAGAGAGCAUCCGUCUACUGGCCCAUAUGUUGAAGACUUGGCAAAAUUGGUGGUCAGCAGUUUCAAUGAGAUUGAGCAUUUGAUGGACGAAGGAAACAAGGCGCGUACUGUUGCGGCGACCAACAUGAACGAAACGAGUAGUCGAAGCCAUGCGGUCUUCACCUUGACCCUGACGCAAAAAAAGCUUGAUGUAGAAACAAACAUGUCUAUGGAGAAAGCUGCAAAAAUCAGUCUUGUGGAUCUUGCUGGUUCUGAGCGAGCUAACUCGACUGGUGCUACCGGAGCUCGUCUCAAAGAAGGUGCUGAAAUUAAUAGAUCGCUAUCUACGCUUGGUCGGGUCAUUGCCGCUUUGGCCGACCUUUCAGAUCCUAAAGCAAAGAAGAAGGGGAAGGGCGCCAACCAAGUCCCGUAUCGUGACAGUGUAUUGACAUGGCUCUUGAAGGAUUCGCUUGGAGGGAACAGUAUGACUGCCAUGAUUGCUGCCAUUAGUCCUGCGGAUAUAAAUUUCGACGAAACCUUGAGUACAUUAAGAUAUGCGGAUAGUGCGAAGAGAAUCAAGAAUCAUGCUGUGGUGAACGAGGAUGCAAACGCCAGGAUGAUUCGAGAGCUGAAGGAAGAGCUGGCAACUCUUCGAAGCAAGCUUACUGGUGGGGGUGGGGGCGGGGGUGCUACAGAAGAGGUCUAUGCCGAGGGUACACCGUUGGAGAAGCAGAUCGUCAGUAUUGUAACACCUGAUGGGACUGUGAAGAAAGUUUCGAAAGCCGAAAUUGCGGAACAACUCAACCAGAGCGAAAAAUUGUACUCGGAUCUCAACCAAACAUGGGAGGAGAAGUUACAGAAGACAGAGGAGAUUCACAAGGAGCGAGAGUCUGCUUUGGAAGAGUUGGGUAUCAGCAUUGAAAAGGGAUUUGUUGGGUUACACACCCCCAAGAAAAUGCCUCAUCUGGUCAAUCUGUCCGACGACCCUUUGUUGGCCGAAUGCUUGGUAUACAAUCUCAAGCCUGGGACGACCAACGUUGGAAAUGUUGACACAAAUGCCGCCCACACGUCUGAGAUUCGCUUGAAUGGUAGUCGGAUCCUGCACGAGCACUGCACCUUUGAAAAUGUGGACAACGUUGUGACGAUCGUACCCAAACAAGAUGCAGCUGUCAUGGUCAAUGGCCAGCGUAUUGAUGAGCCAAAACGAUUGCGCAGUGGUUACCGUGUUAUCCUUGGGGAUUUCCACAUCUUCCGUUUCAAUCAUCCUAUGGAGGCUCGCGCAGAACGGGCCGAGAGUUCUCUAAGGCACUCGAUCAUUGCGAGUCAAAUACAGGAUUAUGACAAAAUAUCGCCUUCACCGAGUCCCAGACCAGGACAUGAAAGAACCAUCAGCAAGGCCACAUCCGACGCAGAUUGGGACAGUCGUCCAGACUCACCCGCACCAUUUCAACGUGGGCGCGAUUCCGACUGGUCUUUCGCACGCAGAGAGGCUGCUAGUGCAAUUUUGGGGACCGAUCAGAAAAUUGCAGGCCUUACCGACGAAGAACUUAAUAUCCUGUUUGAAGACGUGCAGAGGGCACGAGCUGAACGUGCUGGUCAGAAUGUUGAUGAUGACUUGGAUUCUGUUACAUCAUAUCCUAUUCGAGAGAAGUACAUGUCAAAUGGGACCUUGGAUAAUUUUUCACUCGACACUGCGCUCACAAUGCCGUCUACCCCAAAGCAGGGCGAGGUUGAAGACAAAAUGCGCGAGGUGAGGGAGGAAAUGCAGGUUCAACUUGACAAGCAAAAAGAGGAAUAUCAAGAUCAGCUCAAGUCCGCAGAGGUGGCUAAUGUUGAGGUUGAGGAGAUCAAGAAAGAGAAAUCUCGAAUGGAAGAAAGCCUUCGGGAAGUCAAGGAGGAAAUGCUUCAACAACUGGAAGACCAACGAAAGGAGUUCGAGGAUCGCUUGCAACAGCUGACGCCUUCGAGAUCUACGAUGGAUGGCCCUGCCUCACUAUCCGAAGCAGAGUUGACGAUUGCACGACGAGUGGUUGAGCACUGGCGCGGCCGAAGAUAUGUGCGAAUGGCGGAGGCUAUACUACAGUCUGCUGCAAAUCUAAAGGAGGCCCAAAUCAUGAGCCAGGAGAUGGAAGAGAGCGUAGUCUUUCAGUUCACGAUCGUGGAUGUCGGUCAUUAUUUGUGCUCAUCUUAUGACAUGGUUCUAAAUGGGAUAUCCGGCGACGAUGAUCAAUUCCUCGAAUCUGCCCCGAAACCUUGUGUUGGUGUUCGAGUGAUUGAUUACAGGAGCAGUGUUGUUCAUUUGUGGAGUCUCGAAAAGCUGGAGGAUCGAGUAAGGUUGAUGAGACAGAUGCACCAAUACAUGGAUCGGCCUGAAUACCUUCAACAUUUCAGACUUGACAAUCCAUUCAUGGAAACGUGCAUGCCACAAUACACCCAUAUUGGAGACGUCGACGUGCCUCUAGCUGCUGUUUUCGAGAGCAGAGUCCAGGAUUUCAGCCUGGAUGUUAUGUCGCCGUAUACCUCCCACGCGAUCGGUCUAAUCAAGUUAUCCCUGGAGCCUUCAUCUGCCAGGGCGCCUUCAAGUACUUUGAAGUUCAAUGUGGUAAUGCAUGAUAUGGUUGGAUUUGCGGAACGCGAAGGCAGUGAAGUCCAUGCUCAACUCUUUCUCCCCGGAAUCUCGGAGGAAGGUGGUGUGACAACAACACAGAUGAUCAAAGACUUCGACGAAGGGCCAAUCCGAUUUGAAAGCGUUCAUAGUAUGAGUGUCCCAAUGUUCAGUCCAACCAGCGUGGCCCUACGAGUAGCCAUAUACGCCAAGGUCUCCUCUAUGCACCUAGACAAGCUUCUCAGCUGGGAUGACAUGCGCGACAAUGUGCCUCGUCCUCAACAAAAGCGUAAGAACGCCCGCAUCGCAGAGUCCCAGUUCUACACCGAAGAGAAACACGAUGUGUUCGCAAAGGUGCAAAUUCUCGAGCUUGCGGAGACUGGCGAGUAUCUUCCGGUAGAAGUUAUUCAGACGAAUGAUUUGGACAAGGGCUCCUUUCAACUACACCAAGGCAUUCAACGACGCCUCGUAGUGAAUCUGAUGCACAGCUCUGGUGCGGCCAUGCCAUGGCAAGAUGUCUCUGGCUUACGAGUUGGUCGGAUACAACUUGUUGAUCAUGUUGGAAAGACUCCUAACCUUGGGUCUCCUUCGGCCGAAAUCCCGUUGAAAUUGAUUUCCAAACCGACUGUUAAAGCAAAUGCAAAUGGGACAAGCACCGUAACUCUAAUCGGUCAAUGGGAUUCCAGUGCACACAGUUCAGUACUACUUGAUCGAAUUACUGCCGACAAGUACAAGGUCCAAAUGUCCGUCCACUGGGAUGUUACAUCCAGCAAGCUGGCAGAGCCAAUGUCUUUCUCCAUGGAAGUAUGCUCACAGAUACUAUCUCGGUCAUAUGUACGUUCUACGUCGAUGUUUUCAUCCUUAUGGCAGACCGUGCGCAUUGUACACUCCACGAGUGGUAUAUUUUCGAUCUCCGUGCGCCCCACACCCGUGAAGCGUGCCGGUGAUCUCUGGAGGAUGAAUACACAGAACGAUUAUGUAAAAGGAGAAGAGGGCCUUACAGAUUGGACUCCAAGGGGCAUAUCAUUGAUUCGAGAUCACAUCGCUGCGAAUCGGCGAAGACACCGACUGGCAGAACUCGAAGCAGCGAAACCUCUUUUAAGCCAAAUAUCUUUCACGCCGACUCUGAAAACAAACGACGAAGUGCAAAUAGACGAGCCGGCCGAGCCGACAGAGCUUUCAGAGCACCAGAAAAGCCUGUUGGAAAAGUACACCAGAUUUUGGCAUCUUUGCCGUGACCCGAUUACUAGCAUCCUUACAUCAUCAAAUGUCGAACCACCAUCAAAUGGUGUAUCGACUCCGCCUCCCCCGCAACCUUCCUCUCCCACGCUGUUGGCAAAGAUCUCGCUUGUUACCAAGAAUUCAGAGAUACUGAAAGGUGGGUAUCUCCUCACUCCAUCCUCAGAUAGUUCGCGCUGGAUCCGCCGCUUCAUCGAGCUGCGGAAGCCAUAUCUACAUAUUCAUUCUGUACCAGAUGGCGAAGAGGUCUGUAUAGUGGCUCUCAGGAAUAGUCGUGUUGAUCAUCAACCCCAAAUCGCAAAACUACUGAAGCGAGCUGAUUCGGGGAGAGGGAGAGCUGGUGAGCGAGAUGAAGAAAAGGUGUUUGCAGUAUAUGGAACAGACAACACCUGGUUAUUCAAAGCAAGGAGCGAGCGAGAGAAAGUAGAGUGGAUAUUCAAGAUUGAUCAGAGCUACUUUGGUGGCGGAUCCUCAGGCGGCAGUGGGAGUGCAAGCGAUGAAUAA